AGCAAAAAGGUGAUAAUGACUUCACUAAUAUUUAGAGCUGAUAUAGAGGGACUGACUGUGACUCCAGCUGUGCCGGAAGAGUUGGACAAAGUCAAACUUCUCUUGGAAGACACUCAACAGAAUCCUAAUGAUAUCCUGAAAUGGGAUACUCUAUUCGAUGCCCUUGAUGAACAAUUAGAUACCCAACCAAAAGGAACCAUUGAUCAGUUGAAACUGGUCAUAACCAAAUCGUAUCAACAUCUCUUAACCCGAUUCCCAAACUUAUCUCAGUACUGGAAGAGAUGGCUGAAGGUAGAAGGGAAACUUAAAGAUGCACAAGCUAGUCUAGACUUAUUAGAGACGGCACUUGAUAAAGUACCACAUUCAAUUGAAUUAUGGAAUACUUAUUUGAAUGCAUUAGUACUUACUUAUAAGGGAGAAGAAGAAGAAGAACAAAUCCGAUUCAUACGAUACCGAUAUGAAAAGGCCAUUAAAUUAGUAGGACUUAAUUUCAAUUCUCAUUCAAUAUGGGAUACUAUAAUUCAAUUUGAAACUAAAGUAGAUCCACAAUCCUUAGUGUUAUUAAAAGUAUACUUGCGACUCAUUCGAUAUCCAUUGUAUGAGUAUGCUCAAUACUAUAAACAAUUCAUAGAAGUAUCUAAACACUUUGAAUUACAAGAUAUAUUACCAUCUCAAAUAUUGACUGAUUAUUUACACCAGUAUAAUCAAUCGGAUCCUCAAGCCUUAUCAGUCAUUGAAACAGAACAAAUCAUAGAGGAUUAUACAGUGAGGAUCCAUACUAAGACCCAAACAGAAGUUAGUAACAAAUGGCAAUUUGAAUCAACCCUUACGAUUCAUGAGUUCUCCUUAUUAUACCUUAAUGAAAUUAAUAAUGAACGUAUCCAUUGGAUAAAGUAUCUUGAUUAUGAGAUCAGUCAAACUGAUUUUACAGUGAGAGACAGCUAUGAAAAGCUUAUAAGCUUAUUCGAACAAUGUCUUGUACCUAAUUGUCUUGAUGGUAAGCUUUGGCUUAAGUAUAUUGCUGUGUUAAAUAAAACUACAAUGAGUGAUGAAGAGAAAUUCGGAACCAUUAAGGAAGUAUACAAUCGAUCAAUUAAUAAUUUUGUUCCCCUAGUGGAGACUCACCUUCGAUCAUUCUAUGUGAAGUUCCUUGUAAAGUAUGAUAAAGUCGAACUUGCCAAUGAGUAUCUCUUUGAUUUGGUUAAACUCUAUCGAGGGUCUACUCAAUCCAAAUUAUACUUAAAGGCUCAAUAUGUGCUGGUGGUUAAGGAUUUACUUGACUUAUACAAACAGUACUUGCCUACAAAUGAGUACUAUGAACUAAUGGAGAAAUUGGUUACUGAUUACUUUCAGGAACAUGAGUCUAAAGCUAAACCACAACAACAACAACAACAACAACCCAAGACAAAGACUAAUGAGUCGUGUGAUCCUGAUCUGGCCAAAAGUAGAAUCGAUAGUAGUUAUACUAGUCUUCUUCCUCAAUUACUCAAUGAUGAUGCUAUUGCACCCCUCACGAUAGUCUAUCUCCAAGAGACUCUUCGUCGUAAGGAUACAUCGAAGAUAAGAAGGUUCUUUAACAAAUACUAUAAACACAAUGUCUAUACCAGCUCUACAAGUUUCUGGACAUUCUAUGUAGAGUUUGAAGGAUUAGUCGAGUAUAAUAUUGGCAAUUUGAAUUCCUUAAUGUAUCACAUUAAGAAUUAUACUCAAUUACCUAAACUAGUUAUUGAUGCUCUUAUAGAUCUUCAUUAUGAUAUAUUGAAUGCUAAUCUUGAAGAUGUAUAUCGUACCAAUAGUGCCUAUGUCUUGAUAUCACGUGACCUUGAAAUGGAUUCAUCAAUUGCUUAUAAUCAUAGUCUAAGAACAAGAUUAGCCAAUAAUAAUUAUCUAGUGAAAGAGAUUGAAGAUGCUAAGAUAUCGAAAUCAAAGAAUCCUUCUAUAUCUACCAAUAUAACUAAAGAAGAUGAACUUGUAAAACUGAUAAAGAAGUAUGUUGGACAUGCAGGAAUUAAGGUAGAUGCUAGACCCGAUAUCUCCAAUAAGAUAAUGAAUAAGGGGAAUUGGAUAUCAUUGACUGAACUGGUUGAUCCUCCCAGUUUCCCUCAGUUUAAGAAUGUUGAAAAGGCCAACGCAUCAAUUAAUUAUCCUGUAUAGUCUAUAUAGUCUAUAUAUAUAUAUAGUAUGUAUAGUAUGUAUAGUAUGUAUAGUAUGUAUAAUAUGUAUAGUCUAUAUCAGAUCAUUUUGUCGUCCUAUAACCAUUAAUCCUUCAGC